AUAAAUAUUUGUUUUACAUUCAAUUUGAAUGACGAGAAAAUAACACCAAAGGUGAUAAAAUAGGCCUACGUGAAAGAUUGCAUGCAUGGUUACAGUUUCGCCUUGUGAACUAGUUCUUGGACAAGACACCAAGCAUGGGUUUUAACAUCAAGUUCGUGGUUGGUCCUGUGUCUAGGGAUCUGAUAUGUCCCUUGUGUCGGGGAGUUCUGGUAGAUCCGAUGAUGAUGCAUCCUUGUCAACACACCGUCUGUUCUUCCUGCCUCAAAGCGCUCAGACCUGUCCCUAAACUCCUGAAGUCGUGUCCAUUCUGCAGGAGCCCGCUCUUUGAUGAACCAUCUUUGGCCCCAGGGAACCUCAUCGGUCGUCUGUUGAAACUCAUCGUCAAGUGCCACCGGGAAUGCGGCCAUCGGUGCGAACUCAGCGCCCUUCCCGAUCACGUCCUCAACGAAUGCAAGUUCGGGACGGUCGACUGUCUGAACAAGGUCAGAGGUUGCCAUAAAGAGAUGACGCGCAAGAAGCUGGACGCGCACGUCGCCGAGUGCGAUUUUAGAUUGGUGACCUGCGAGGGAUGCAACGCGGAGAUGGUGUAUUCGCGGCUCCCAAUGCAUCAAAAGCGGCGACGCUGCGUCGAGGGAAAGCUGAUGACGCAGCGCGCUCGGAGCGCGGCGACUGCCUUGAAGCAGGUACGUGAACAUCAAGAACAGGUGAGAAAAGAAGCCAUUACCCUCGAAGGGCAGUUGACGAGACUCCGCUCCAGCAAACUCGAGGCGAGAAGUAGACUGAGGUCGGCACCACCCCGAAUAUCACUUCUCUCCGAGGCCCCAUCGUCCAAGUCAAGACCGAAUUCAUCCCGUAGUUCGAUCAGUACAAUAUCUCUAUCAUCAUCAUCAACAUCAAACAAAAGCCCGAGAUCCCGUAGCCCCAAAGUUAACGUUUUCAUUACUGAUACAACAUCAUUUGAUGUGAUUCCUCUCGACCUUAAAAACACGACAUCGACAACUUCCUCGUCAUCAUCUCUUUCCUCUCCUCGGCAAGCAUCAUCAGAACACGAACAUGACCCGAACGAACCAAUGGACGCUGCUUCGGAGAGUAUCGGAGAUCAUCGGGAGUCCAUUUCUUCAUUAAGCGUGGUCCGUCACCAAAGCAACCGUUCAGAGAAGACGGAACAGUGCAAGAGAUGUAAAAAGUCGUUCAAUCCCGCCAAGAAUAACGAUAGGGCAUGCAGGUGGCACAGAGGACAGAUCGUGAACUUAUUUGUGAGUAUCAUGGUUUAUUUCACUUUAUAAUAAUCCGUUUUAUAUCUAUGAGCAAGAUUGCCAGAAAGGAAAGACGAAGAAAGAAAGAUUGAAUGAAAGAAAAAAUGAAUAGAUCUUUAAAAUGUACAUAUAUCAAGAUCAAGACAGCAGUGCAACUGUGCA